AUGAAUUUCGUCCCUGAACUUGCGACUAUAAUGCUGAAAUUAGGUAUGCAAUCGUUGAAUUCUUCUAGCAACGAAUCGGAGAACGAGUUUGAAGAAGUUAUCAAGAACUGUGAAGAGAACGAUGAGCCGAAACUCCCAAGGAGAAGAUUAAAUAAAAAGUGGAUUUCUGCUCCUGAGUUAGUAUAUGAAGACGAAGAAGAUCUUGAUGAUUUUGUGGAACCUUCAGCUAUUUACAAGGACAAAGUAGGUAAGAAGAGACAGAGGAAGGAAAAAGAUGAGUCUGCUAAGAAGCAAGAUUCUGUUCCUGAUGAUGAUCUGGAAAAUUCCACAGAGAUUAAAGAGAUGUGGGAUUCGAUUACGAACGACAAGAACCCCGAGGAUGGUGAUAGUGUGGUGGCAAAUUGUCCCAAGAAAGAUGACGAUGACAUAGUCAACUUGUUCAGGAUGCGGAAAAAGAAGAACAAGGAGGAGAAGAACGCGGCGGAGAUUGCGAUGCAAGUAGAGAAAGUGAUGGCGGAGCUUGAAAUCGCUGUAGAAGACGACGUAGAGCUGAACAAACAAGGAAAACCCGCCAUUACAAAGCUCAUGAAGCUACCAGUUCUCACUGGAGCUCUCUCGAAGAAACAGCUUCAAGCUGAGUUCUUAGAUCAUGGAGUACUUAACCUUCUCAAGAAAUGGCUUGAGCCGCUUCCUGAUGGUAGCUUACCGAACAUAAACAUCCGCACUGCUGUCUUGAAGACUCUCGACGAUUUAUGUAUCAAGCUAGAUCAAGACUGUAGAAGAGAACAGUUGAUCAAGAGCGGUCUCGGGAAGGUCAUGAUGUUCUUAUCCAAAUCAGAUGAAGAAACUUUACUUAAUAGGAGACUCGCUAAUGACUUAAUCAACAAAUGGAGCCAUGUCAUUUAUAAUAAGAGCACAAGAUACGAGAACAUGUAUAGUCAGGAGGAACGUGAAGAGCAUCAGGAAAUGCUUUCAAGAAGACAUAACAAGACAGCUCGUAAGGUGUCUGAAACAAAAGCUAGAGACUUUGAUAUAGAUGUCGACUUUUCUGCGAAACAAAAAUCCAAGCUAGCAGCUAUUAAAGGAGUAGGAAGAGCGCAAGUACCAACAGCAAUGUCAAUGGACUUUGAGAUCCGACCUGAGUCGAAAUUUGACAAAGAGCUCGAAGCUCGUGUCAAGAUGCAAAUCGACAACAAAAGCAUACAUGAAAAGAUAAUAAACAAACUGAAGACGGGAAAGGAGCUCAGGAAGAAGAGCCUGCAAGCAUUCAAGAUUAGUACAGACGGUCGCACCAUGCUCAAGUACUUGUAG